AUGUCGGGCGGGCUGCGGCUAUGUAGAUCGGAGGUCGCCGGUGGUUGUGAGGUCGGGGAAGGUGAGGUCGGCCCCGAACGUCAGCACCGGCGAGGUCUUUCGGUAGAAUUCAGUCUGGCACCUGGGGUCGUCUGGCCGGACUUUGGCUGUGGAGUUGGUCUCGGCGGCAUGAGGUUGGCCAAGCCGCAAGCCGCCGGAGCUGCACCCGACCCCUUCCCGCUGAGCCGCACCUCGUCCAAAACCCGCCGCAGCUCCACGGUGGUCAAUAAUCGCGAAACUGAAACAGGGCAACACCGCAGAACCACAGCACCGGAGCCGCUCCGUCACCGAACCGCAGCACCGGAGCAAGAGGGCAGCACCAUCCCCUCAUCGCAGCACCGGAGCAGGCGGCUUGGAUUUGGGCGAACUUCAAUCAAUUGCGCAUCAAGGAGAGGGAAGCUGCAACAACGGAAAGAGGCCAAGCGGCCAGGGGAUGCCUGCCGGAGAAUCUCAGAAGCCCAGUGGAAGGCGGCGAAAUAG